AUGUAUAUAGAGACUUCGUCUCCUAGGCGACAAGGUGACAACGCAAAACUUCAGUUGUCUGUUUCUGGAAAUGGAGCAGCAGCUUGUCUCGUUUUCUAUUAUCACAUGUAUGGUGAUACCAUAGGAACUCUUAAUGUUUACAGCGGGAAUGAGCUGGUUUUCAAUGUAUCUGGGAACCAGGGUUUGUACUGGAUACCAGCAAUGAAAACGAUAUAUUUGCGCAACAAUGUAAGUUUGAUAUGGUUUGCUUCUCAAAAAAUCACGACUGAUGUUCCUUGAUUUCAGGUGGCUAAAAUCUUCCCAUAAUAUUUGCAGGAAAUCUUUAAAUAUUAUUUUAAGAGGUCAUCAGUUAAAAAUGACGCUUUUAUGAAAAUUAUCUAUCACAUGACCUUGCCGACCUUCAUCCUUUAUUUUUUUUUUAAUCUUCUGUGAUUUAUCAGAUAUACCGAGUGUCAAUGCUUUAAAUUAGAUACUCGCACAAGUGAAGUAUGUUUUGAAAUUGCAUGUGUGCUACAACGGACCACUGGGUAUAAAUCUAAUUCUGAGGGUAAUGUGAAUGUUAGUUUGCUUUCUGUUGAUUACCUCUCUUUUUCAAUCAUAGGUUUUUAAAAUUUUAUUUCGGUUUCCGCUCGCAGCAAUCCAACUUAUUUGACUUACCCCAACUGUUUAAAGACUUCCCAUUUUCCACAAUUGUAUUUUAUUUAUAGGUAAUAUUUGAAGGAAUUGCGGGGUCGUCAUAUACAGGAGAUAUCGUUAUCGCUGAUGUGGGAAUGACUAGUUAUUUAUUUGUUUAUUUUUUUUAUUUCGCAACGGUCUCCCCUUGCCGCGAUCCAACUUGUUUGAUUUUCUCCAAGUGUUUAAAGACUUCCCAUUGCUUUGUACUUCAAUUAUAGAUAAUCUUCGAAGGUAUUGCGGGGUCUUCAUUUACAGGAGAUAUAGCUAUCGAUGACGUAGCAAUCGCCAAUGGAAGCUGUAAAAAUUCCACUGUGUUGCCGACAAAUCCGGGACCUGGAGGUACAUAG